CAACUUGGAAAACUGGUACUACAUACAUACAUACAUAUGUAAGUUACAUACAUACAUAUGUAAGUUACAUACAUAAUGUAUGUAACUCACUUGUGACCGGAGCCCAUAUUUGACUCUACCGGGACAAGUAAUAAUAUGCAUUAAGGUUUAGUAAUAUUAUGGUAGUGACAAAUUUAUCUGUAGGAUAUCUUUGGAUACAACGAUGAUACUAAACAUCAACAUAUUUUGGCCACGCCUGUUCAUCCGCCUACGUGCCCAAAUUAAAUAUAAGACCGAAUCUAACUCAUUUGUAUCAAUCAGUUAAAUAAAUCAAUCAAAGUGAUUACAAAACCACGGAGGACAGGAAAUACAUAUAUAAAUUUUUUUGUAACAUGCUGUUUCAAGCCCAACCUUUUCUAAUAUUUUCAUUGCUUUCCAUCGUGACGGUAUUAAUUUCAUCACGGAAUGAGAAUCACGUUCAAGGGGCAAUUGUUCCUGUUGGGUCAACAAGCAAUAAAACUUACUUUUGGGACAAUGAGGAUUUUAAUUCUACCUGGAUCGAUAGUGUGAGCAAAUGUCAUAAGGAAGGGUUGUAUAUUGCAACCAUAGAGACAGAAGUGGAGCAAUUGCUUCUGCAAACGGUUGGAGUAUCGCGUAACUGGACAAAAUACCUGAACAUUGGAGGUACCGAUCUCUUUUCGGAAGAAACCUGGAGAUGGAUAAGAUCCGGAAAUCCGAUAACUUAUUCGAAUUGGUAUCCCGGUUCGCCUUACCCGGACCCAGAUGGGAGAAACUGGAAUUGCAUGGGUCUCGAUCCGGGAGCAAAUUGGACAUGGGUGGAUAUCGGUUGCAACGAAUAUUUUGUUAUGACACUUUGUGAAUUUCCUUAAGUGUAAUAAAUAUUAUCAAAAUAUAAAAUCUAUGAAU